AGAAACGCCGCUCCCCGGUGUAGAUAAUGCAUCUCAGCUUGCUCAAAGCAGGACAUGGACAUCCAGGAAAAUUUAAAAAGCCAACUUCAGGAUCGUGUUCGUCACUUAACAGAUGAAAACAUUCAACUCCGAGAUAAGAAUGAGAGACUCUCUGCUCAGCUGGGUGCGAUACAGAGUAAGCUGGACGAGACAGCGGGGUCCCAAGCUGAACUGUCGUCGAAGCUCAUCUUCAGCGAGGAAGAAAAAUUGAAAAUGUCAAAGGAUGUAAUUGAGAUACAGAUACAGACUAACAAAAUGAAGGAACGUUAUGAGGCAGAGACCUAUGAGCUGAAAAAUAAGAUUUUGUUUUUGGAGAAUCGGUCGAUGGAGCUGGAGGUGGAGAGGGACAGGUCUCAGAGGGAAACCCAGUAUGCCAAGGGUCGCCUGCACGCAGCUGAGAAGAAUCACAAAGAGCUGGUUGAUGAGUACGUCACCCUGAAGAGCAACUACCUGGCUCUGACGGAGGAGCAUGACAGGGAGGUCUUGCGGAACCAGGAACUGAGUGCCGAGCUGCUGGAGCUUGCACAAGCACAGGAUACCCUACUCAAGCGGUGCGAAGGCCGGCCUCAGCAGCGGACGCCAGGCAGGGAGGCUGCCCCCGAACUGGAGAGGGUUCGGGAGCUGGUCAGCAGGAUGUCCCAGCACAGGCUCAAGCCAGAUGAGCUUACGGUGUCAGAGCAGGAGAGGAAAAUCCUAGAGGAAAAACUCCUUGGAAAGCAAGAGGAACUCAAAGAAGAGCUGGAGAGAAUGAAGCAGCACUACGAAGGGCAGCAGCGCCACCUAGAGGACAAAAUGAUGGCCAUGAGCAAGGAGCAACAGGAGAACAAACAAACCAUCCACAAUAUCCAACACCAGCUGUCUGAGCAGACUGUGGCUCUGCUUAGCUCACAGAAUCAGCUAAAGGAGGUGGAGAUGGAGAACGCCAGGCUGCAGCUACAGGUGAAGGAGUUGAACGAAGAGUACCGGGCGCGGCUGCAGCGCUACCUGCGGGACAUUGCUGAAUACCUGGACCACCAGACCAGAUGGGAUCAAGAGGCUAAGAAGGCUCCAAAUGAGGGGCAUGCAAGGAGAUUUGUGAACAGCAUGCUGCAAGAUGUGAAGACUUCUUAUAGGUCCCGCGAGGAGCAGCUAGCGACUGCUGUCCGCAUGUACAAGAAGAGGCUUCGGCAAACCAUCCGAAGCCAUGAGGCGGUGCUUGUCGAGUACAGAAUGCAAAGGGAGCAAAUUCUUGCUCUCGCCGACCGUGGCCUGGUCCCGGGACCACCCGAGUCACACUUCUGCCUGUUAGACAGUGAGCUGCAGACAGACCAGGGCCAGGAGCUGCAAAGGCUGCGGCAAGACAAGGCCAGCCUGGAGCACCAGCUAAGGGACGCGUUGGAGCAGAGCAUUUCGAAACCCGGUCACAGUGUCAGUUUGCUGGAGUCGGGAAAUUCAAGGAACACCUCAGAGGAGAUGUGGACUGAUAUUCGGAAGGAACUGAAGGAUUUUGUACAUUCCACGCUGGAGGUUCAGGAGAGGGAGCGGGCCCAGCUUCUCACUCGGGCUGCAGUGGCCGAGGGCCGGCUGUCAGAACUGCAGGAGUAUGUGGAUAAGCACCUGGGCAGGUACAAAGAGGAGAUCACACGCUUGCGCCACCUGCUGGACAGAAAAGGAAGCCGUCCUCGCAGUGCAGUUGAGCCUAAAAACGACCCUGGGCAUCUCUCAAAGAGAAGCACUAGUCAUGAGAUCUGACUGGACCAGCAUCAUCUGCAGCACCAAACCAGUUACAGAUCUCAUCCGGCACAUGCGUCCAAAGAUAAUUAGAAAGGAAAUAUAAAUCUGACAUAUUGUUAUUUUAUUCAGGAUAUCAUGACCGGAUGCCAUUUAUCAUGAAACACAGCACUGUACAAAAGUCUUAGACAAUCAAAGGAAUUGUUUAAAGCUAUUUAUUCUUGGGAGUAAGUGUAUAUUUGCUGAAUGAAAACCAUAAUUUAAAAUUGCGAUAUAUACAAAGGAACAUAAACACUAUGGAAAUCGACAAGAAUUUUAUUCUGUUCUCUGUAAGGUUACUGGUAUUUACUUGUAUGACUUUAAGAACACAGCUCUGGUUCCCAAACCUCUCCUCAGGGGCACCUUAGCCAUUCCAUGUAUAUGUUAAAUUUCAUUACCAGCUCACUUAAUUAAUGAACCUAAUUAAUAAUUUUAUGAAGCAACCAUUUUAUGCUACUGUGUAAGUCAACAAAAACAUGAGUAGAUUGGAUGGUUAUUGUAAAUACUAGGGUGACUUUAGUAGAGGUUUUGAUAUGGCUGAGCUGACACACUUCCACAGAGAAAAUCGUAAUUUUACACCAACAUUUUUGUUUAAACAUAAUUUCCUUUGACUGCCUAAAACUGCAUAGAACUGAAUAUUAAAAGCUAGGAGGUCUGUACCUAAAAGGAUGUAGUCUGUUUAUGUAGCCAGCACUGCACAGAACAGUGAUGUAUGGUCUCUCUGUAAGACUCUUUGAAAUGCUGUAACACCCUUGACAUUAGUGUGGGUGCCUGCUGUGCUUUGAUGACACAGAAAAGAUGUUGUUGCAGAUGUUAUGGCAGUCGCUAUUGCCAGAUCAUUAACAUUUCCCUCUAUUGCUUGGGAAUAGUUUUUCUCGUCCAUCCAUCCAUUCAUCUUCUAUCUGUCUAUCUGGUUAAAUGUGUUUACUCUUCAGACCUUUAAAGUCCAGUUUGUCAGGCUAUGUAGUUUUCAAAUGAGGUUUUGUGAGGAUAGUUC